AUGAAGCCAUGCCCACCAGGCUGCCAUCUGGCCCCAGAGGUCAUGACCUGGAUGGGGGCAGUGCUUGGGGGUGAGGUGGGUCAGGAUGAGCAGGUGGACAUGGGAGGAGCUGGUCAAUACCAGGAAGCCAUUCUGCCUCUGAAGACACCACCAUCUGCUGGACCCCCUGGUGCUGUAAUAUUUUCUUCAUAUCCGGUGAAAUAUCUUUCAUUCUUUCUCAGAUACUACGAUAUUCUUGAGGACAGGGUGCCUGCUGGUCUUGUGGCGGAGUACCAUGCCCUGCUGAGCCGCUGCACUGAGAAGUUCCAGGAGUUCUCCAGCCUGAGGAAUGUCCUGAGUAGUGACUCGGACUGCGAGCUGGACAACGUAUCUAUGGUGGAGGGCCUACGCCUAUAUGACCAGAUCGAGACCCUCAAACGCAAGCUCAGGAUCAUCGAAAACCCCCUGCUCAGGUAUGUUCUGGGCUACAGGGUGAACUCCGGCCAGCACUCCAGCACGGCCAAAGGGCGGCGGGCGUCAGGGGGCCGCGUGGUGCACGUGGUCUGCGCCUCCGCCACCGUCGGCCUCCUGCAGAGCCUGAUGGCUGACAAGCUGGGCCCUGAGUACUCCGGAGAAGAGUUCGAAGUGCAGUUUCACAGUGAACCCCAACUUGCGGUGAGUGCCUGCUAUGAGGGGGAUGUGGUCAUUGUUUGCCCCGGUCACUACAACGUCAGCAGCUCCAUCAACAUCCCUGACUCCAUCCUACUUGAAGGUUACGGGCUGCCGGAUGAGGUGGUAAUCGAGAAGAAGAGCAAAGGAGACACGUUUGUGGAGUGCACGGGGGCCAACGUCAAGAUCUCCAACCUGAAAUUCAUCCAACAUGACGCCAUCGAGGGCAUCCUGUGUUUGCGUCAGGGAAAGCUGGAAAUGGAGAACUGUGUGAUGCAGUGCAAAACCACCGGGGUGAUCGUGCGAACGUCUGCUGAGCUGACCAUGAACAUGUGCGACCUGUACGGAUCCAAGGGGGCGGGCGUGGAGAUCUACCCUGGCAGCGUGUGCAGCCUGCUGGGCAACGGCAUCCACCACUGCAAAGAGGGCAUCCUGAUAAAGGACUUUGCAGACCAAUUGGACACCGUGCCAAAAAUCACCAUGAUCAACAACGUGAUCCAUAACAACGAGGGCUACGGCGUGAUCCUGGUCAAGCCAAACGACAACACGAGUAAGGACAAGACUGCCAAGGCGGAAACAGCAGAUGAACUGGAGGGCGGUACAGCUCCAGCCGAGGCGGGCCCAGCUGCUGAAGAGGCCGCAGAGAUGGCUGAGGCGGGCAGCUCGGAGGGUAAGCUCCCCGAGGCAGAGAUCCCCAUCAUCGUGGUGGAGGAGGACUGCUGCUUCGCUGGCGAGGGUCCCGAGGGUAACGAUGCCAUCAAACGCGAGUUGAUGGCCACCUCUGCCAAGAAGCUCCGCCUUCAGAGACCCAGGACCAAUCGGGUGGGCUCCAUGCAGGCUGACGAGAAUCUGCCUUCGCAGGAGAUGUUUGUUUCCAUCCAGGGCAACCAGUUCAGGCGCAAUGGCAAGGGUAGCUUCGGCACAUUCUUGUACUGAGGGCCCUUUUAUGACAAACACGCACGGACACACUUUAAACUUUUAUUUAUUCUUUUCCCUCACUGCAGUGACAAAGAGCCCAGAUGCGCUAACGAAUACCAAUAAAGAUGCUUUUAACUCUUUUUAAACCUGUUGCUAUAAUGAAUUAAUAAAAGUGGUGCACCUCCAUCCACUGAUAUAGAUGAGUGUAUGGAGGUAUGUAACCAUCACCUUGUGUUUUGUUCUUUACGGUGACACUGAUGUUAUUUAUGUUAACUGCACGGUUGUUUCUUUUUCGUCUUUUCGUUCAUUUUUUUAAAUAUCCAGGAGGAUAUGUUUUGGCACUGGAAAAUAAUUCACAUU